AUGGAUUCAUCAUCAGCAGCAAGUGAUAUAGCCAAAGAUAUAACCAAUUUUAUUCGUAUAUACAAAGAUGGUCAUUUUGAAAGAUCAUACGUUUUUGAUGUUGUUCCACCCGGAAUAGACCCUUCUACCGGGGUUAACUCAAAACAGGUCGUGUAUUCACCCGAAACCAACAUGUUUGCUAGGCUUUACAUUCCAAAAAACGCAACCCAAACCCGUAAACUGCCGCUUCUAAUCUUUUUUCACGGGGGUGCAUUUAUUGUAGAAUCCGCAGCUUCGUCUCUUUACAACAAUUUCCAUAACCUCGUGGUUUCGGAAGCCAAUAUUGUUGUUGUCUCCGUAGAGUAUAGACUUGCACCCGAAUUUAAACUUCCUAUAGCUUAUGAAGAUUCGUGGAAUUCAAUCAAGUGGGUUGAGAAACAUGUUAAUGGGAAUGGUCCCGAGUCAUGGCUAAAUGACUACGUGGAUUUUGAAAAAGUGUUUAUUGGUGGGGAUAGUGCCGGGGGUAAUAUAACGCACCAUAUGGCGAUCCAAUCUGGGUUGGGUCGCCUAGAUGGAAUAACGGAUUGGAAGUGA